UAUUUUCUCGGCAUUCCAGCUGAGCACGCGAAUAGAAAGCUGAUGAUGUUCAAUCAAUGCUAAACCGAGUCCAUACCGGAAAUCAGAUUCCCGGUCUAAUCAUAUUAAAGAUAAAACCCUACUCAAACAAGAAAAUAAUUUGAAACGGAGUUUCUUCUUCUCCGACAAAACCAACCAGGUUUGAGGGUUUUGGUGAUUUAAGGAUAAGGAGCAAGUUUGGUGCAAUGUCCGUCUUGCCUCUGGAACGACGAGUUGUAAAGUUGAACAAGCUUACGUCUUUAUUACCCAAACCAAUAGAAGCUCUUCCACGGGUUGAUCACCUUUGUGCUCACUUAAAAGUAUGUGCGAAAUCAAGUUAUCUGAUGACUGGUGAAUCGAUUCACGCUCAUUUGAUCGUAAGGAACCAAUCAUAUCGAGCUGAGGACGCAUGGCAGAUCACAUCUCUGAUCAACCUCUACAUGAAAUGCGGGAAAACUGUUCGUGCACACAAGAUGUUCGAUUCAAUGCCUGAUAGAAGUGUUGUUUCUUGGUGUUCGUUGAUGAAAGGUUACCAAGAUUCUGGGUUUGAUUUCCAAGUUUUGAAGCUUUUCAAAAGUAUGUUUUUUUCUGGUGAACCGCAGCCUAAUGAGUUUGUAGCCACCAUAGUUUUUAAAUCUUGUUCAAGCUCUGGGAGGAUUGAAGAAGGUAAGCAGUGCCAUGCAUGUUUUCUUAAACAUGGUUUGAUGUCACAUGAGUAUGUACGAAACGCUCUUCUCUACAUGUACUCUUCAUGUUCUGGAACAAGAGAGGCUAUCAAGGUUUUGGACGAUCUUCCGUCUUGUGAUCUUCUUACUUUUAACUCGGCUCUUAGUAGAUAUUUGGAGUAUGGUGCUUUACAAGAAGGGCUUGAUGUUUUGAGAAGGAUGGCUGAGGAAGAUUUGGUGUGGGACGUCUUCUCCUGCAUGUCUUCUUUAAAGCUUUGCUCCAGUCUCAGAGAUUCGCAGUUGUCUCGGCAGAUUCAUAACCGAAUGUUAAGGUUUGGUUUCGACUGUCAUGAUGAUGUUAGAGGUGCACUCAUUAACAUGUACGGAAAAUGUGGUAACCCUUUUUAUGCUCACAGAGUUUACAAUGGUACGAAAACUCGAAACAUCGUCUUGAACACAUCGAUCAUGGAUGCUUACUUCCAGAACAAGUCUUACGAGGAGGCUCUGAAUCUGUUUGCAAAGAUGGAAACCAAAGAGGUUCCACCCAACGAGUUCACCUUUGCUCUUUUGUUAAACUCAACCGCAGAGCUUUCUCUUCUAAGACAGGGAGAUCUUCUACACGGCCUUGUCGUGAAAUCUGGUUUUAGGAACCAUGUAAUGGUUGGCAAUGCGUUAGUUAACAUGUACGCCAAAAGCGGCAGCAUCGAGGAUGCGUGGAAAGCUUUCUCAGGCAUGGGUUAUAGAGACAUAGUUACCUGGAACACGAUGAUAUGUGACUUCUCACAUCAUGGACUAGGGAAGGAAGCGCUUGAAGCCUUUGAGGAAAUGAUGUCUGCGGGAGAGUUCCCUAACCGUAUAACUUUCAUCGGCGUGUUGCAAGCUUGUAGCCAUAUGGGUUUUGUGGAGCAAGGUCAUUACUACUUUAACCACUUGAUGAAGCAGUUUGGUGUUGAGCCUGAUCUACAGCAUUAUACAUGUGUUGUUGGACUUUUGAGCAAGGCUGGAUUGUUCGAAGACGCAGAGUAUUUCAUGAGAACAGCUCCUAUAGGAUGGGAUGUUGUUGCAUGGAGAGCUUUGCUAAACGCUUGCUACGUUCGCAGGAACUACAGUUUAGGAAAGAAGGUGGCGGAAUACGCCAUUGAGAUGUAUCCGAGCGAUUCAGGGAUCUAUGUAUUGUUGUCCAAUAUCCAUGCCAAGUCCAAGGAAUGGGACGGUGUGGCUAGAGUGCGUUCUUUGAUGAAGGGGAGGCGUGUUAAGAAGGAACCUGGAGUAAGCUGGAUAGGUAUACGAAACAAAACCCAUGUAUUUCUUUCAGAAGACAAUCAACACGCCGAGAUUGUCCCGAUUUACGCAAAGGUGAAGGAAGUUUUGUCAAAGAUCAGGCCGUUGGGGUAUGCGUCUGAUGUUGCUGGAGCGUACCAUGAUGUAGACGAAGAAGAGAGAGAGAAUAACCUCUCUUAUCAUAGCGAGAAGCUAGCUGUGGCUUACGGUCUGAUGAAAACCCCUGAGAAGUCGCCGUUGUACGUGACUAAAAACGUGAGGAUAUGUGAUGAUUGUCACUCUGCAAUCAAGCUUAUCUCAAGGCUCUCAAACCGGUUAAUAGUUGUCAGAGAUUCCAACCGGUUCCAUCAUUUCCAAGAUGGUCACUGUUCUUGUUGUGAUUACUGGUGAUGAUUUAAACCCAUCAUUUGCCGCCUCACAAGCUUUGAUCAUUGAGCUUUUGAUAUUGAAGUUGCAUAGUUUUUCUACAAGAAGAUACAGCAAUAUUAAGAGACACAGUCUCCAAGCUUAAACCAAAGCAAGAAAGAAAAGAAAAAAAAGUGCAGAAGUUGAUAGAUUCUUACUCCAGAAACUAUGAUUUCAGCAGAAGUUGUUCUCCAUGAAUUUCACAAAUCCAUGGAAAUCAAUUCUUCCAUCCUUGUUUCCCUCGAAUGAUCUGAUCAUUCUCCUGCAGUUCUCAAGGUUAGAUCCUUGCUUUAAACCAAGGAUUGUCAAAAUUCUCUGCAGAUCUAUGGGAUCAAGAAAGCCAUCUCUGUUUUCAUCAAAGACAUCAAAAGCUUGCUUCACUUCCUCCAAGCUCGGCUCUUUAUCUUCAAACAGAUUCGAAAGCUCCUUUGAACUGUAACGUUUCUGAAGUCCCUCUCUUUCUGGGUCGGUGAAAAGUCCUAAGCUUUGCAUCACCAUCUCUGCAUCUUCUAUGCAAAGACCAUCAUCAUGUUUGAUCAAACUCUGGACUUCGAGAUCUUUGCUCUUCUUCUCGGAAACACACUGCGGGUGUUCAAGAAGAGGACAGAACCUGAACAAAAUUAUCUGAGUGAAAGAAAACCAUCUGAAAAAAACGAUGAGGAAAAAAUCCACCAGACCAAACAAAGGGAAAGAAGAAGAAGAAGAGUGUUUGCAUUGGGACAAGGAACUCUUUUCCAUGGUUAUAAGACAGUAUAAGUGGUUUGCAGUCAUUAACUUUUGUUAGAUUUUAAAACUAAAAGACUAGCUAAUGAAUGAAGUAAAUGUUGUGGAA